UAAAUAUUAUUCGUUCGUAUAGUUUUUUUUUUGGCUUUACCAUCAUCAACAUCGUCAUUUAGAUUUCAUUGCGAAACGUCAAGGGAGCCAAUGUUUAGUCUUCUGUAUGCGAUUCAAAGCAGAAUUUGUGCGGGUUUUUUUGCAAACAGUUUCGUUGGAAAAAAAUACAAACAACCCAAAGUUAUCAUAGUUAAUGUGCCACUCAUUAGUAUCAGUCAAUUGAGAUUACCGAGGAAGAACGUUAAAAAGUCAGAUAAAAAAACGGACAUUAUAAAAAAAUAGUGGAAUACAGAAGUAUUAAUUGACUGGGAUUGCAGUAUUAUCAUUUUGUGAGAGAGUAAAAAAACACAUUACAUAGCAACGACAUGUCGGAAUCCUAUGAUUAUUUAUUCAAAUUUCUAAUAAUUGGCAGCGCUGGGAGCGGUAAAAGUUGUUUGCUACAUCAUUUCAUCGAGAAUAAAUUCAAAGAAGAUAGUUCACAUACGAUUGGCGUUGAAUUUGGUUCGCGAAUUGUGAACGUAGGCGGAUCGGUCGUCAAAUUACAGAUAUGGGACACCGCUGGUCAAGAUCGUUUCAGAUCUGUAACACGUUCAUACUAUCGAGGUGCAGCUGGUGCAUUAUUGGUGUACGAUACAACGUCACGUGAUUCAUUUAAUGCAUUAUCCGCAUGGUUAAAUGAUGCCCGAACAUUGGCGAGUCCGAACAUUGUUAUUCUAUUGGUCGGUAAUAAACGUGAUUUGGAAGAAGCACGUGCUGUAACGUUUCUUGAAGCCAGCAAUUUUGCACAGGAAAAUGAGCUCAUAUUUCUUGAAACCAGUGCAAAAACCGGUGAUAAUGUUGAAGAAGCCUUUCUGCGAUGCUCAAAAAGUAUUUUAGCGAAAAUUGAAACCGGCGAACUUGAUCCAGAACGCACCGGUUCCGGAAUACAAUUUGGAGAUGCGGCGCUUCGAAAUAUUCAACUUAAACAGAGAAAUUCAUCACGAACGAACCCGUCUGAUUGCCGAUGUGGACUAUAAUCAAUAGUAUAUAGAUUUAAGGAAAUUUACUGAAAAACAAAACACCCAAAUCCAAUAACAGGAUAGAAAAAGUGAAAAGAAAAAACAAAAUCGUUUAAAAAUUUCAAAAAAAAAAAUCAUAAAAUGAUGCACGAGAAAACACGAUGAGUUCAGCAUUGUAAUGAGCUGGCAAGAAAAUUAGUUUUUCUGAAGCAAUAGACUUCGAAAACUUAUUUUUGUUCGCCGGCAAUUGCAGAUUCAUCAAAUUCGUAAUUCAAAAAAAAGAAAUAUUUUGUAAUAGAUAAUAAUAAGGGCGGAUAGAAUUCCAUAAGAUAGGACUUUCAUGUUUGCACUACAGGAAGAAGAAAUCUAUAUACUAUAUAAAAACAACAACAAUUUUGUGAACACUCAUUCUGAGUCGAGACAGAAUUUUAUUACAUUUGAAGUACAGCCGAAUGACUUGUCUGUGACAUUACAAUUACAACAAUAACAAAAAAUAAUUUUUUCCAAAAAAAAUACAAUUUUUCGCAGAUUGAAUGAAAAAUUAAGUGUUGGCAAUGGUUCGAUUUCCUUCAACAAUUCCAUUCAUUAACUGAAAAUGAUCGUUCACUAAAUAAGUGGCCUUAAUGUGUUUUGUUUGUGUUUAUCGUUUUGCGGCAGUAAAACAAAAUUAGAAUGCGCUGCAUAUAUUUUCAAGUUCUUUAUAAAAUUGUCCGUAUGGUUAGAAUGGUUUGCAAAAAAAACAAUUUCCAUUUUCUUGUCUCUCUUUUUCACAAGCAGCUUUAAAUAAUCUAUAAAAUGUUUUAAGUAAAACUUGCUACAGACCUUUUAGCUCAAGAAGUAUAUGUGUUUUGUUCUUGAAGACCAAUUGUUUACCCAAGAAAAAAAGGUCUAAAGAUAUAAAAUCGUGCACUGCACAAUAAAAAUAAAUAAAAACAAAUUAUAUUGUGACAAAA